AUUAUUGCGUCAUUUGGACAGUUGGGGUCUCCGCAGACAGUAAAGUUUUUUCUCCGCGACUUGAAGGAAGUUCUUUUAGGCCAACCGCGAGUCUAACGGGUUUUCUGACACGUUGUGAGAACUUUGUAGGUGUUGCUUCGGAUCCGUUUGAGAGGAACCAUUUUGCCGAAGAGUGGGGGGGUUCCGUUACUGAGUCGUUAACUUCCCGUUACUGUAAACCUGGGCGGACAGGGAGCUAAUGGUUAGCUUCUAAAGGGUUGUGUUCCUGCUCAUUAUUUCACCGAGUUUUUUAUUUAUUUAUCUCGGAACAUUGCCUGUGUCGUUCAACGGAAACUGUGAGACGAAAACUUGUAAAGUUUCCGCCGACACCACCAGGCAUGGACCGUGGAUGCAGCUAGUCAGCGGGGAACCGGAGGAAACAGCCGUUCGACUCGUUCAGUCUGGAAUUGUUCCGUCAGGAUGCCCGCUGACUUCAGCCUCUUACACCGAAUUUGCAAGCUGGUGGUCCUGCUCUGUUUCUUCCACAUAGCUGUCACCGUCUUCUUCUACGUCCGCUCAUUCGACAUCCCUCUCGCUUUCCCCCACAAGCGCCAGUCUCACAACAACACGACCCAGUCCGGACUGGACACACACACAGUCAGCACCUCCAGAACCGAAUGGAACACGCAGAAUGAAGAAGGUACUGCGGCACCGCAGAGUGAACCAGGCCAGAAGUCUGUAACAGAACCGAGGAAGAGCCUGGAAAAAUGUCCGGAAACUUCUCCUUUACUGGUGGGUCCUCUGCGGGUGGAGUUUAACAAUCCAGUGAGCCUGGAGCAGAUAAAAGAUGAAAAUCCCAAUGUGCAGCUGGGUGGACGCUUCAAACCCAAAGACUGUGAAGCACUGCAGAAGGUUGCCAUCAUCAUCCCGUUUCGUAAGCGGGAUGAGCACUUGAAGUUCUGGCUGUACUACCUACAUCCCAUCCUGCAGAGGCAGCAGCUGGAGUAUGGGGUCUAUGUCAUCAACCAGGAUGGAGAUGAGACUUUCAACCGGGCCAAGCUGCUGAACGUAGGUUACCAGGAGUCUCUGAAGGACAAAGAUUACAACUGCUUCGUGUUCAGCGAUGUGGACCUUAUCCCCAUGGAUGACCGGAAUACCUACAAAUGUUUCAGCCAGCCAAGACACCUGUCCGUAUCCAUGGACAAGUUUGGCUUCAGGUUACCCUACAAUCAGUACUUUGGAGGGGUUUCGUCCAUGAGCAAAGGGCAAUACUUGAAGAUAAAUGGUUUUCCCAACAACUACUGGGGCUGGGGAGGGGAGGACGAUGACAUCUACAACAGGCUGGCCUCCAAAGGAAUGACCAUCUCCAGACCCAGUGGAGACAUAGGGAAAUGUCGCAUGAUUCGGCACAACAGAGACAAGCAGAACGACCCAAACCCUCAGAGGUUUGAUCGGAUCGCCCACACCAAAGAGACGAUGAACAAAGAUGGCAUCAACUCUCUGAGCUACAAGCUGAUGAGCGUGGAGAAGCUUGACCUGUUCACCAAGAUCACCGUGGAUGUGGGCAAGCCCUGAGCAGUAGAGCAGGAGUGAUGGGACAGGAUGGAACACUGAGCCUUUAAUACCACAUGCUGACAAUGACACUUGAAGCUUUAAGUUGCAGUUCUGGUUCUCCUGAACUGGACUUCUAUUGUCCUUGUUGUUGCACAGACUGACAAAUCCUUUAGAACUUUUCUCUGACUGGUCAGCUGGAACUAAUCAGAUGCUGCUGCAGCACAUCCUGAAAAUGACAGAAACUUUCAAAUCAUUGGACCUUGAGAAUCACAUGGUUGGUGGAGGGUUGUGGGAAAUAGAUAUGGUGAGGUUAGACCUGGUCUGGUUCUGGAUGGGACCAGCUGCUUCCUGGUUUCUGAUCUUGGCAGAAUCCUCAAAAUCUGUUAGCAUGCUGAGCAUUUAACUGAUUGGAAAAAUUAGGAUUUAAGUUCAGGACUGUUGUCUGGAUAGAAAAUUUUGCUCCAUAUUUGUGAAGUGAACAGGUCUUGGACCAUUGUGGUUCUGCUCUUAUUCUCCUGACAAACAGAUCACCGUUUUGAUUCUUAAAAAAAUCUGGUCCUUACCAGCUCUAGCACAGAUCUCUGAUCCAUGACAACUCGGCUGGAAUUUGGUUUUUCUGAGGAUAAAAAUGUUUUUAUUUUUUAGAAUUUUCCAACAAAAAAAAAUUCUGAUAAGGCAUUGAUAAUUUGUUCAGAUGUGGUUAACAAACUGGAUCAGUGAGCUAAUUAUCAACAAAUUCAAAAUCCAGUUUGAAAACCAGAUCAGGAACCAAUUACCAAACCGAAUAAGGAACUGGAUCUAACUGGUUAAUCUUCAGCUUCAGUUCAGAGCCAGAUUUAAACUUUAGACUGAGUGUGCACGUUUUCUUAUCGGCGGUCAGUUUAAACCAGGGAACAAUAAUUCUAAUCCUAGUCCAGUUCCUGGUGGAUCUCCGAGUGACUGAUGGUUGGAUUCUCCAGAACACCAGCAGGAUAAUUAUGAUUAUCAAGAUAGUUUAUUGAUUUUUGAUUAAGUGGCCUUAAUACAGCUGUUGGUACCAAAUACUUUAUUGAUCUUGUGACUUCAGUUGGCUGAACGAGCUUGUCUGAUUAUCGACGGCAGAUAUCAAUCAGUGUGUGUGUGCGUGCGUGCUCUCUGAAUGUCUACUGGUCAAUUCUGUUUCCGUGUUUAGCUGCAGACCAAAACUGUGUGAAACAAUUGCCUAUAAUGUGCCUUAAAGUCUACCAGUAGCAACUGGUCCUGAUGAUAAAUAUAAAAGCUAAGUGUU